AUGGUCCCAACUCAUGAUUCUCAAUUCACUCACUCACUCUCUCUAUCUCUCUCAUCCUCUUCCUCUUUGCUGAAAACUAACUCUGAGAUGAAGAUGGAAGCAUUAUGGCUUGUGGCUUUGCUUGUGGCUACUUCUUCAAUCAUGGACCUUCGAACGUCUGCACAAGCAGUUGUUCCAUCAGACGGUGGUGAUGAUACUGAUACAGGCCGGGCGAUAAGCAUUGAUUGUGGGGUAACUCAAGACAUCCGGGAUUCAAAUGGAUUCUAUCAUGACGCAGAUGACGCAGAGUUUGUAGAAUCUGGCAAGAUAUAUAAUCUAUCCUCUUAUAAUAACUUCGAUAAUGGUCAAGAACAGGUGUGGGAGCAGAUGAGAACAUUGAGAAGUUUUCCAGAAGGGAAAAGGAACUGCUAUUCACUGAAACCCAGGCAAGGCAAAAACAACAACUAUCUCAUUAGGGUUUACAUGUUCUAUGGAAACUAUGACAACAAAAACUUCAUUCCAUCCUUUCAUCUACAUAUUGGUGUCAACUUUUGGACAGAAAUUAAGUUUGAGAAUGCCAGUGUUAUUCGACGAAAAACAGUUGCCCAAGUUUCCCCGACAAACUACAUCGACGUGUGUCUUAUAAACAUUGGUAAUGGCAUACCCUUUGUUUCGCUGUUGGAAUUGUGGCCCUUGUCAAACUUUAUAUAUCGAGCCUCCUCCAGUUUACUGCCAUUAGGCCUCAUGACAUGUGUUAACUUGGGUAUGUCCGAAGACCUUAAAUUUAUCAGAUAUGCGGAUGAUAUCUAUGGUAGGUCCUGGUUCAAUGUAAAGCUUGAUAACUCAGAGCGGUUCUCUACACCAGAAGCAACUAACGUUGACGUAAAAGAGUAUAGACUACCAGAUGAAGUGUUAAGAACUGCAGUCCGACCACUGAAUAAUUUGUCUUCCUUAUAUAUCAACUUGACCUCCAUUAAUUUUACAGCAGAGAGCGAACAUUAUGUUUACCUUCAUUUUUUUGAUUUCGAGGAGCAUUCUCAGGGUCAAGUAAGAAGCAUGGAAAUUACUUUCACUGAUGAGAUCCGAGAUGCUGUAACUCUUAGAUACCAGGAUGUCUAUACCUUGGCAAAGAGAAUUCCAAAAGGUGUUCUUGUUGAUCGUAUCGUAUUUCAAUCACAUCAACCCCAGGCUCUGGCUUACCCCCCAUGA